AUGGAAGACGGCGGCGAGAGCGUGGCGGCGGCGGCGCUAGGGCUGAACCCGCAGCUUUUCGUCGACGAGGUCCACGGCAUCAUUGCCGACAUCAGUGCCGGGGCCUUCGAGUACUGCCUCCAGUUACGUUCCCUCCGUAUCUUUUUGUGCGGCAGCGGCCGCACCAGGGGUCGUCGCGCCGCCAAGGCUGUAGAGAAGGCCACUGAUCUCCAGCGGGGAUUAAAUGCUAUUCACCAUGUCGUAAAGGAUCGACUGGAUAAGAGAAUGGCCAACUGGAAGAAAUUCUGCUUACGGCAUUGCUUCGAUGUACCCGAAGGUUUUGUGGCCGCUGAAGAUGAUAGUUCUUGUGCAAAAGAAUCACACAAAGAUGAGACUUCAGAUUUGAAUUUGGAACUUGACUCCUUAAGGAGAAAGCUUGAAAGUGCUAACAAGGAGUCUCAAAAUCUUGAAAGAGAGAUGUUGUCAUUGGAAAGGCAAACUACAUACAAAAGACAACUUGAUUCAUCUGUCUCUGAGAUACAAAAGUUGUUUGAAGACAAAUCCGUGCAGGAAAAUUUUGAAGUAUUACAUGUGAAAGUUGAACAUGAUUAUGUACUUCACCAAUGCUACAGUUUUAAUAUUGACACCAAUGCUACAAUUUUAAUGUUUGAUGGCAAGUGA